AUGAUAGAAAGUGACACCCCACCCAAAAUGUCAGGACUGAUGAGAAGCUCGGGGCACAGUCACCACCGCCCUCCGCAGGAAUACAGGCUCCUGCCUUCUGUGGGUGACGAUGACCUCCCUGGAGACCUUCAGUCGCUGUCAUGGCUCACAGCCGUGGACGUGCCUCGGCUACAGCAGAUGGCGAGUGCACGGAUAGACCUGAGCAGCUCCAGUGUGCCACACUCACACCCAGGUGCCUCGGCUGGGGCUGCUGACCUGCAUGUGGGUACGACCCCGCGUCCCCUGCUCCGUGGCCAAGCUGCCAUGGUCCCCAGAGGCAUGCUGGGCUUGGGCCCCCUAGGCAGCCACAGAGCCAGCGCCGGGCAGAUGAGCCAGUUCCCCAUAGGAGGCCAGUCAUCGUCAGGCCUACAGGAAAUGCCACAGCUGUAUUCACCUGCUACCCAAGUUCAGUUCCCCCUGCCUCCGGGGUCCCAGCAGUGCCCUCCCGCGGGCCUCUAUGGCUCUCCAUUUGCAGCCCGGCCUUCCUACCCACAGGCCCACGUGGCAGUGCAUUCAACUCAGGAGCUGCACUCCAAACACUACCCCAAGCCCAUCUACUCCUACAGCUGUCUGAUCGCCAUGGCCUUGAAGAACAGCAAGACAGGCAGCCUGCCCGUGAGUGAGAUCUACAGCUUCAUGAAGAAGCACUUCCCUUACUUCCAGACAGCGCCUGACGGCUGGAAGAAUUCAGUGAGACACAACCUGUCUCUGAACAAAUGCUUCGAGAAGGUGGAAAACAAGUCCAGUGGCUCCUCGCGCAAGGGCUGCCUGUGGGCCCUGAACCUGGCACGCAUCGACAAGAUGGAGGAGGAGAUGCACAAGUGGAAGAGAAAAGACCUCGCCGCCAUACACCGCAGCAUGGCCAACCCCGAGGAACUGGAUAAACUCAUCUCAGACCGGCCAGAAAGCUGCCGGCGUCCUGGCAGACCAGGGGAGACUCAUACCACCACGGUGGCCAUGGCCCACAGCUGCCUGGCCAUCUCCCAGCUCCCACCAAAGCCACUGAUGACCCUGUCCAUGCAGUCAGUCCCCCUGCACCACCAGACCCAGCCCCAGGCACGCCUGGCCCCAGACUCCCCGGCACCGGCCCAAACCCCACCUCUUCAUGUCAUACCUAAUCUCAGCCCAGGGCCUCUCCCCCAGCCAGCCAUGGGUAGGGCUCCUGGGGACUUUGUCAACAUCAGCACCGACAUGAACACGGAGGUGGACGCCCUGGACCCCAGCAUCAUGGACUUCGCUCUACAGGGUAACCUGUGGGAAGAGAUGAAGGAGGACAGCUUCAGCCUGGACACGCUGGGGGCCUUCGGAGACUCCCCACUCGGCUGUGACCUGGGGGCCCCAAGCCUGACCCCCGUCCCUGGCAGCGGUGACCAGUCCUUCUCCGAUGUGCAGGUGACAGGUCUCUAUGCUGCAUAUGCCACCCCAGACAGUGUGGCCCCACCGAUGGCCACCUCGGCGCAGUACCUGGGCAUUCCAGGGAACAAGUCCAUUCCUCUGCUGUGAGCCGCCCUCCGGCCAGGAAGAAAGACUCCAUGG